AUGUUGAGAGAAGUAAAGGCCAAGAACCCGCGCACUGCGCGCAUCCUGAAAGCGCGGGAGCCCCAGCUCAUCGAACCCCCCAAGAAGACCCUGAUCUUCCACGGCACAAAAUGUCCCCAGGCCCUGGAUACCGUUCUCAAGACUUUCCAUCACCUGACGAAGCCUUACUCGGUCCUCUUCCACAAGAAGAAUGAGAACUUGCACCCGUACGAGAACUCGGAGAGCCUCGAAUUCCUGGCGAACAAGAACGAGUGUGGUCUGGUCGCCUUUGGAAGCCACAACAAGAAGCGCCCCAACUGCAUCACAUUGGCCCGUAUCUUCAACUCACAACUCCUCGACCUGUGCGAGUUGAACUUGCUGCCCGCCAGGGACGGCGAGGCCAUCCCUCCUAUCAACGAGCUUAAGAUGGACGUUGGUCUCGGACUCCGCCCUAUGAUGCUGUUCGCCGGUAGCCCCUGGGACGACCCUACAUCAACUGCCCACACCAUUCUCAAGAGCACUUUCCUCGACAUGUUCAAGGGCGAGGAGACCCACCAGAUCGACGUCGAGGGUCUUCAGUAUGUCUUGAUGGUUGCCGCCGACGAGCCCCAAGCCGGUCUCUCUCCCAUCAUCCACCUUCGUUGGUACAGAGUUGUCACCAAGCGCAGCGGCCACAAGCUUCCCCGCGUUGAGUUGGAGGAGGUUGGCCCCAAGUUCGACUUCAAGGUUGGCCGCACACGCCAGGCCGCUCCUGAGGUUCAGAAGGAGUCCAUGAAGCAGGGCAAGCGUCCCAAUGAGGAGGCCCGCACCAAGAAGAACAUCAUCACCGACUCGAUGGGUGACAAGAUUGGUCGUGUUCACCUUGGCAAGCAGGAUCUGUCGGGCUUGCAGACUCGUAAGAUGAAGGGUCUCAAGCGCCGGGCGGGUAUGGAGUCAGACGAUGAGGAGCAGGAGGAGGAUAUCAUGAGCGUGGAUGAUGACUCUGAAGAGGAAGAAGAGAGCCACAAGCGGGCACGGAAAAACUAA